AUGUUGUCUAAAAAGGUUACUGAGUGUAAUGCUCAUGGGCAAGAUUCUUCAUAUUUUCUUGGAUGGGAAGAAUAUGAAAAGAAUCCUUACCACGAGAUUGACAAUCCUAAUGGUAUCAUCCAAAUGGGCCUUGCAGAAAACCAAUUAUCAUUUGAUCUUUUCGAGUCAUGGUUCGAGAACAACCCGGAUGUGACCGGGUUCAAAAAAGAUGAUCAAUCCAUCUUUAAAGAACUUGCUCUCUUCCAAGAUUAUCAUGGUCUUCCUUCUUUCAAAAAUGCAUUAGUGAAGUUCAUGUCGGAAACAAGAGGAAACACAAUUACUUUCGAUCCAAACAACCUUGUACUCACUGCCGGGGCGACCUCCGCCAACGAAACUUUGAUGUUUUGUGUCGCUAACCCUGGGGACGCUUUCCUCAUUCCUACGCCAUAUUAUCCAGGAUUCGAUAGAGAUCUCAAAUGGCGAACUGGAGCUGAAAUCGUUCCUAUUCAUUGCUCAAGCUCAAAUGCUUUUCGGAUUACAAAAAAUGCCCUUGAAGAAGCUUACCAACAAGCACAAAAACAAGACCUUAAAGUGAAGGGUAUUUUGAUCACAAAUCCUUCAAAUCCAUUAGGAACAACAUUGAACUCCAAUGAGCUCGAUAUUAUAGUCAACUUCAUAUCUACAAAGAAUAUACACCUUAUUAGUGAUGAAGUCUACUCGGGCACCGUUUUUGGCUCACAAAAUUUUGUUAGCAUAAUGGAGGUUUUAAAGAACAAAAACCUCAUGCAAAAUGAAGUUUCUAAGCGAGUUCACAUUGUUUAUAGCCUUUCCAAAGAUCUUGGUCUACCGGGUUUUCGUAUAGGAGCAAUUUACUCUAGCAAUGCAGAUGUGGUUUCCGCUGCUACAAAAAUGUCAAGCUUCGGGUUGGUUUCAUCUCAAACUCAAUAUUUACUAUCAGAAAUGCUUUCAGACCGGAAGUUCACGAAAACUUAUUUGUUGGAGAACCGAAAGAGGUUGAAGAACCGGCAAGAAACCAUGGUGAAGGGGCUUCAAAAAUCCGGGAUUCGAUGUUUAAAGAGUAAUGCUGGUUUAUUUUGUUGGGUGGACAUGAGGCAUCUUUUGAGGUCACAAACAUUUGAAGGAGAAAUGGAGUUGUGGCAAAAAAUUGUGUAUGAUGUCAAGUUGAACAUUUCACCCGGUUCAUCAUGUCAUUGCGUUGAACCGGGUUGGUUCAGGGUUUGCUUCGCUAAUAUGUCGAAGGAAACCUUAACGUUGGCGCUGCAACGGGUCAAGUCAUUUGUGGACUGCUUGAUGUCGUCCAAGAAAAACAAUGUGUCUCGACAACAAAAGAUACUACAAAAUAGUGCAAGGAGAACAAAGUCAUUACCCAAAUGGGUUUUUUCGCUUUCGUUAAACCAACUCGAAGUUGGGGAACAACGUUAGCCCAUCGAUCGAUCGAUCGAUUGAUUAUACUUUUGUGAAUUUUUUGAUCUUUAUUUUAUUAUUUUUAUUUUUGGGACUUGAUAUACGUUUGAUAUAUUUUUAUU